AUGUUGUCCGUUUUUAAAUUGAUAUACAGGUUAUUAAAAGUGCAAAAUAUAAUAAAUAUCAUGACUUUGUUUUUGAAUCUAAUCGAGUCCGACUAUAAAUUUGGAAGUAGAAAAACAAGAGAACAAAAAAAAAGCAACACUGAUGUUCCACAUAUAAAACUAAACGCUCUCGCAAAUCGAUCGCUAGAAGAUAUCCUGCGAUGA